UGGUUUGCCACCCGCUAGCAAGCCGUGCUGUAGCUUGAGUUGCUUGAGCUCGCCCACAGUACAGCCCACAUCGUCGCGCGACAGCAACAACAAUGGCAAAGCGUUAGUGUGUGGCGCUAGGAGCUCUCUCUCUCUCUCGCUCUCGCUCUCUCGUAUGCGGCCGCUACGUGUCCCCCUUUUCCUCCACUUUUAACUCGACUCGUUUUUUUUUUAUUUUUUACGUCAAAUUAUUACAAUCUACAUCUUUUAUCCUUCCACAAUGUUCGAAGCGAACAGACCGUGUGUCCCCGUUGCUUGGCCGCUGGGUUGCAGCUACUAACCUAGCUGCCGUUUCACUCGGUGGUUAGCUAACAUUUUUUUAGCUAACAUUUUCCCCAAGCUCCGUCGUUUGUUUGUUUUUUAUGUAUGUAAAAAAACAAACAAAAAACGAGCGAAUGUUUAAGGAGUGAUCUGUUUUAUGACAACCGUUGUCAAAUAGCUGCUAUUCGAUACGAAGUGUUUGUAUGUUUGUCGUGGAAACUAGUUUGCUGGCUAGCUAACAGGCUAGCUAUUUGUGUGUAUCCGCGUCAAGAAGGGAAAACGCUACCAGAGUUUCCUUUUUGGAGAAAGUAAUGGAUGACCAGACCAGGAUGUUGACGGGUCUCACCGGACUUGGUGGACUACAGCCAGGCGACGUCGGCGACCCGGACUCGGUUCGGAAGCAGUCCCUGGGCCAGCCUCAGCAAGACAUAGGGGAUAUCCUCCAGCAAAUAAUGGCCAUCACCGAUGAGAGCCUGGACGAAGCACAGGCCAGAUGCUGGCCAGAGGAUUCGCCGGCGCAUUGGGGUGGAUCAGACGACCCCACAGAGGGAGGGAGAGCAGGGGGGGGCAUGGCAGGGGGUGGCCUGCCAGUCAACUUCCAGUACAGGAAGCAUGCCCUGAACUGUCACAGAAUGAAGCCAGCCCUGUUCAGUGUUCUCUGUGAGAUCAAAGAGAAGACAGUGCUGAGUAUACGAGGUGUACAAGAGGAAGACCCCCCGGAUCCCCAGAUCAUGCGGCUGGACAACAUGCUGCUAGCGGAGGGCGUGUCGGGGCCGGAGAAGGGCGGCGGUUCAGCCGCGGCGGCCGCGGCUGCAGCCGCAGCAGGGGGCUCGCCCACCGACAGCAGCAUCGAACACUCUGACUACAGAGCCAAGCUUGCACAAAUUCGCCAGAUAUACCAUUCAGAGCUGGAGAAGUAUGAGCAGGCGUGCAGUGAGUUCACCAACCAUGUAAUGAACCUGCUGAGGGAGCAGUCUCGAACACGGCCCAUCUCGCCCAAGGAGAUCGAGCGCAUGGUGGCCAUCAUCCACCGCAAGUUCAGCUCCAUCCAGAUGCAGCUCAAGCAGAGCACCUGCGAGGCCGUCAUGAUCCUGCGUUCGCGCUUCCUCGAUGCCAGACGUAAGAGGCGCAACUUCAACAAGCAAGCUACAGAGGUGCUCAACGAGUAUUUCUACUCCCACCUAUCUAACCCUUACCCUAGUGAGGAGGCAAAGGAGGAGCUGGCCAAAAAGUGUGGGAUCACAGUGUCUCAGGUCUCUAAUUGGUUCGGCAACAAAAGAAUACGUUACAAGAAGAACAUUGGGAAGUUUCAGGAGGAAGCAAACCUCUACGCAGUCAAGACAGCGGUGGACGCCGCCAAUGUGUCGGCACAGGCUAGCCAGGCUAACUCUCCGGCGACGCCCAACUCAGGCGAUGCCUACCUUGGGUUGCGAUUGCUGAACGGGGAGGGCAUCAACAUCGCCCCCUCUCUACAGCCGCAGGUGGAUACCCUGCACCGUGCUACACACCUGACGGGCGGCUAUGAGGAGCUGUCAGGUAGUGGCCUCUACACCCCUCAUCGCCUGGAUGCUAACAGCUGGCAGGACACAACCAACCCCCCCUCCGUCACCUCUCCUCCCGGCGCUCCUGGCAGCGUCCACUCCGACACCUCCAACUGAUCGGGUGGCUCCCUUUCCUCCCCCCCCGGACCCCCCGCACUCUCAUCGACUGCCCCCCACCCCCUGCCAUCCGUCACGCCAUUCCCUCCGGACUCCUCCUCUCCACAGGAUCAUUUCAUAUACACACUGUGCUGGACCACAGGACAGUCUAACCCCGCCCCCCCCUUCCCCCAACGGCUGUGUCAUGAUGUCUAUACAUGCACGUUGACCUCACACAGUGCUCUUCACCAUCACCACCCCCUACCCCCCGCCUGAGAAUCGCCUGUAUGUCAUCAAGCCCCGGCCGGCAGUGCAGGAAGCGGACCACCUCGCUCUUACCAAAAAGUGCAACACACACACACCGCCUGCACCUCCUCCUCCGCCGCCACCACCGCCAUCGUCUCGUACGUCUCCAUCAGCGUCGUGUCAAGCACAAGCGUGAGCAUCCUCGUCAUGAGAGGGCGCUAAAGCUGUUCAAAAGGUGGAGCCGGUAGGAAGAAGGAAGGUGGAUGGAACUAUAACAGCCCUUUUUUUUUUGUGUCGCUAACCACUAGAGGGCGUCGCUAACUUCUUUGCUUUCCGUCUGCUAGUUUCUUUAAUUGUAGCCGAUUUUGUUGUUUUCCUUCUAACGCUGUUUCACCAAGAAUGCACCAGCCGCCGCAACCCCCCCUCCCAAAAAAAAAUCCACAUGCUAAAGCAUCUGGAACGGCGUCAGGAGUGAAGUGGGGAUGGGGGGGGGGGGGGGCUUUCAACAUAGCAAAAAUUGUCUUCCAUGCAUGUUAGGACUUCUAGGCGUGUUCUUUUUUUUUUUUUUUUUUCAUUUAACUCUUUUCCCAGUUUUUAACUUUGUUUUUAUUAAGUAAAACUUAGAAAAAAAUGUAAAAAGGGUAUAAUUAUGACAGUCAAGACCAAAAAACAAAAAAAAGGAGAAAGUGCAGCGUGUUGUUGCUAUGAUGUGUGCGUAUCUCCAUGUGGGGGGCGUGUGCUGCUCCCCCAACACGGAAGCACACCUUCUGUUGUACCAAAACCAAAAAUACCACAGUCAGUAAUGAUGAUGAUGAUGAUGAUGAUGAUGAUGAGAUGAUGCCGCCACCCUUUCUUGUGUGUCUUUGUCUCUGUACGGCGGCCUCGUGCCUCAAUUAUUUUGUGUGUUUUUUUUUUUUUAAGGGGGGGGGUCGUUGCAGUGAAAACAUACAUAUAAUUCAUUUUUAUUUUUUGUAACUUUAUUUUCUGUCCAAUCAGGUGAGGGCUUCUCUCUCUCUCUUUCUCUCCCCUGAUACCAAAAAAAAAAAAUACUACACUCUUUGGAACUAUUUUUUAGCUGUUUUUUAAAUAAAGUUGUGAUCAUCAAGUUAGGUUGUCGCCUUAUGAUGGGAAAAAAAAAGUAAUGUCCUUUUAAAAGCAUAAACUGGCAUCCGGCGUGGUUCUCCUGACUUUUGUUGCUCAUGGCGGUUCAUACGACUGUAUUUUAGAAACGAAAACACCAAAAUUGUCAUCAAGCCCUGCCCUCUCCUCGCCCUUGCCUGCCCUGCCCCGCCCCAUUCUUUUUUUUUUUCUACCUGUUGUAAUGGAUGUCACUGUACAGUUUGUGUAAUGUUUCACGAUUUCUUUUAUAAUGCUCGCUUAAGAUGCUAGUUUUUAUUUGACCUUUGACCCCCAAACAAACACACACACACACAGGACUCUAUAUAACUCUGUAUCCACUUUUGAUUAUUAUUAUUUAGUUUUUCUUUUCGUACAUAACCGGGUGGAAAUGUUGGGUUGUCUGCUUGGUCAUUUGCUGCUGUGGAAAUAGUCUUUUUAUUUUUUCUUUCUUUCUUUUAAAUGGGUGAAAAUGUAACAAUGUGAUGGUUCCCAAAGGGUUUCAAAUGAAGCUUCUGUUCAAUGUGAAGGUGCAUGUUUGCUUUCAAGUGAUGAAAUGACCUCCACGGCAGCAAAUGACCCAUAUAAGCCCUUUUUUGAUUUAUGAUUAUUUUCUUCUUAGUAUAUUUGUAUCUCCUCUCUUUCCCUUGUAUUUACCCCUCUCUCUACCUCUGUCUUUCCAUCUCUGUUGUAUAUAUAACCCCCCCAACCCUCCCACUCCCCCCCCCCCCCCCCCGCUGUUUUCAGACCUGUGCGUCUGUAUGAACUCCUUUUAUACCUCAACUUUAGAAUUGUUCUAGAAAGAGUAAAAACAAAAAGGAAGAAUGACAAAUUGUAGUGUUCUUAUUAGAAACUUAAUAAAAAAAAAACAA